AUUAUUUUGGCGUGCAUUUAUUUAAUAACGGCCUAACAUUAUCCCUGGCCUAACCUUGUUGCUUGUUUCGUAUUUCACUUAUCGUAUCUUCUUAGUUAGGAAGCACGUUCUAAGGGAUGGAUAAAUUAACAAGUGCUGGUCGCUCCAGAGGACGAGGGCGCGCGACAAAUCCACAGCAACCUCGAGUUGAAAACCGGAACAAACGAGGUGAGCAAGAUGCAGAUGCAUCAGGUUCUUCAAGGAGGUUUUCUCAAGUUCCAUCAACAUCUGCUUGGGGUCAGCCAAGUUCAGGAGUUGCUCGUGGUUCAGGUUUGCAACCUCAAAGCUGCAGUACUGCACCUAUUCAACAACGCGCACCUGCUCCCGUUAUGCAAGGAAGAGCCACUGCACAUCGAGAUAUUGCAAGUGGAGAUGCACCUGUCGUUAGAGAAGAUUCUCGAGGAGCAGUGCGUGGAAAGCGUAUAUUAACUGAAGUUGUAACUUCUCGUCCUCCUACUUGUGUUACGAAAACAGGUAAAACUGGAACAAAGGUGGUUGUUCAAACAAACUACUAUCGUAUUUUGAAGAAACCGAAGUGGUCUAUAUAUCAAUAUCGCGUUGACUUUGCGCCGGAUGUGGACAUGGUACGCGUUAGACGUGCUUAUUUAGCACAACAUAAAAAAACACUAGGAGGAUAUAUUUUCGAUGGAACUAUGUUAUUUUGUACAACAUACCUGGAGAAACAGGACUUGGAACUUAUAACUAAGAAUAGAGAAGGUGAAAUCAUUCAAAUAAAAUUGAAACACGUCGGGCAGUUAGAUGUCACCGAUGCUCAACAACUUCAAGUAUUAAAUCUCAUUUUACGUCGCGCUAUGGAGGGUCUUAAAUUACAACUCGUUGGACGCAACUUCUACGACCCAAAAGCAAAACAUUCCCUUAAUGCCUAUUGUCUUGAAUUAUGGCCAGGUUAUCAGACUUCUAUUCGUCAACACGAGCAAGAUAUCUUGUUAUGUGCGGAAAUAGCGCAUAAAGUAAUGCGCACUGAUUCGGUUUAUAAGACUUUACAGGAAUGCCAAAAUAAACAGGAUCCACUGAACUCUUUUAAACAUGAAGUUGUCGGUACYAUUGUACUUACAGAUUACAAUAAUAAAACAUAUCGAGUGGAUGACGUCGACUUUGAGUCUUCUCCAAUGUCUAAAUUCAAAACAAAAGAUGGUGAUAUUUCUUACAUGGAAUAUUACAAAAAGCGUUAUAACAUUCAUAUAAAAGACGCAAAACAACCUCUAUUGGUAUCUCGACCUUCAGAACGUAAUAUACGGGCUGGUCAAAGUGAGCUCAUAAUGUUGAUUCCGGAGUUGUCACGCUCAACUGGGCUAACUAACGCAAUGAGAAGUAAUUUCAGUUUAAUGAGAGCAAUGAGUGAAUUUACUCGUUUGGCGCCAGAUAAACGUAUUGGGCGUUUGAAAGCAUUCAAUGAUCGUUUGAUUGGGACUACUGAUAGUACUGACGUUCUAAAAGCUUGGAAUAUGGACUUGGAUAAAAAUCUCGUCGAAGUUCCAGCUCGGGUUAUACCGUCUUGUCGAAUAGUUUUUGGUAACAAUGAACGUUAUGAUUGUAAUGUUUAUGCUGAUUGGACAAAAGAAUUGCGGAAUAAAUCACCGUAUAAGAAUGUCGAUAUAAGAAGAUGGUGCGUGAUAGCCCUUAAAAGAAAUUUGACUGAAAUUCAAAAUUUCGUACAAAUGUGCAUAAGAGCAGCUAAUGGCAUGCGUAUGCGAAUUGCUGAACCAAUGUACCAGCAAAUAUUAGACGAUCGUAAUGGCACUUAUUCACAGGCUAUUAAUACAUCUGUAGCAAGUGAUCUUCAAAUAUUAAUGGUAGUAAUGCCGGCUGCCAAUGAAGAAAAAUAUAGUUGCAUAAAAAAAAAAUGCUGUAUUGAUCGUCCAGUACCGUCUCAGGUUGUAACUCUUCGAACUAUUGCUCCUCGUGGUGACCGAGCUUCCGGUUUAAUGUCUAUCGCAACUAAAGUGGUCAUACAAAUGAAUGCCAAACUUAUGGGGGCCCCUUGGAUGACAGAAAUUCCAAUAAGUGGUUUGAUGACAGUUGGUUUUGAUGUCUGCCAUUCUGGCAAAGAAAAAAAUAAAUCAUAUGGAGCUUUGGUUGCAACAAUGGAUUUGAAGUCUAAACCUCAAUAUUUCUCUACAGUUUCACAACAUUUGAAAGGACAAGAGCUUUCGAAUGAAAUAGCCAUGAACAUGACAUAUGCUUUGAAAGCAUAUCGAAAUGAACAUGGCAUGUUGCCAAAAAAGAUUCUAUUUUAUCGUGACGGAGUAGGUGAUGGACAAUUGCCUCAGGUGUUCAACACUGAGGUUAAGUUUUUAAAAGAUAAAUUAGAUGAGAUUUACAAAAACGCAGGAGAACCGACACCUUGUCCCAUGGCUUUUAUAGUGGUUUCAAAGCGCAUAAAUACACGUUAUUUUGUUAAUAAACGAAAUCCAGUUCCUGGAACCGUGGUUGACGAUGUCAUUACUUUACCUGAACGGUAUGAUUUCUUUUUAGUUUCGCAGUCAGUGCGUCAAGGUACGGUGUCGCCUACGAGUUAUAAUGUCAUUUAUGACACUAUGGGUCUCGAUGCCGACAAAAUACAAAUGUUAACGUACAAAAUGACGCAUCUUUAUUAUAAUUGGAGUGGAACUUGCCGCGUGCCUGCAGUAUGCCAAUAUGCGCACAAAUUAGCAUUCCUAGUUGCUGAGAGCCUUAAUCGUUUACCACACAACGCAUUGGAAAAGCAACUUUAUUUUUUAUGAAAGAAUCAUCUAUAUAUUUUUUUACCUAAUUAAUAAA